AUGGUGAUGCUGCGUGAGAAGCCCUGCUUAAUCAUUGUUCCUGCAAGGGGUAAUGAAGUCCUGGUAACCUGUGAACAUUCGCCAGGCCAUUUCCAGGAGCUACAACGGCUGACCACUAAAUUCAACCCAGUCAAGGCGUCCGUAGUAGAGCACACGGAUCCUAGUGGCACCACCACCACCUUCUAGGGGUGGCCGACCAAGGCGACUCUCAUGAGCACAUGGGUUCCUUCAUGCUGUGGCGGUACGACGUCGAGGAGGACACUUUCUCUCUACUCCAGGUUAUAAACAUGGAUGAUGUGAAGUGGGUAGAAAUGACGUCACACUUGAGUGACCUGUUCCUUGUUGUGGUCUCGGGGGCCUUCAGAGGGGACCAACAGGGGCAGGUACACAUAUACAGAAUGGACUGGUUUGACGGGGAUGGAACCCAGGCUCUUGGACAUUAUGGAACAGUCGUUCAGAGUGGCGAGACUGACCGGCUUACAGCCUUGAGAGCCAAACCGCAAUUUUACUUCGUUCAAGAGGUAGUGGUAGAAGAACCCGUAGAGGCCCGGUUCUACACCCUUCCUACUGGAGAACUUAAUCUUUACGUUAUCAAGCAGGACGGCAUAGUGGUUCGCUUUUCGCAGAAGGGUAUUCACAGGUUCUGGAAAGAGGGGGAGCUGCACGCCCCUGGGAAAGUCACCCUGGAUGUGUGGUCAUCGUGGGUCAACGGCAGGAUCGUCCAGCGACUAAACGCGGGAGGAAGUUCCUGCCAGGACGUCGAGAAAAAGAACUUCCCAGAGGAACCUGCCAUAGUGCUUGAGGCCCUUUUCCGCGGCGGGGUCGAUUCCCAGGGCCAGCCAUCGUGCCCGCCAACCACUAGGGACUCUGCAGAAGGAUUUUCGUGGGAUGCGAAGACUCGCCUUCCUGAAGAAUUUGCUUGGUCUGUCUUCACCUUUUAACCAUGAACAUUCAGGGUUUGCGAUUCUUGCUUUUCAUGAGCUCCCUUGUUAAUUUUUGGUUAUAUCUAUACCCAUGAUGUAUAGAAUAAUAUAUUGGUGGCAUUCGAGCGUGAAGUCUCUCCUUUUAAUUGUUACUAAAUCUAGUCUUUUAAUUAUAGAUACGUCAUGCAUAUAUGUAUUUUUGUAUUAUCGGUAUCUAUAU